ACUAUUGGAAUCGCGAUCCAAGCUCGUGGGGAAGUGUAAACGAUUGGGACAUAUACUACAUCAAUCGUAUUCCUGGAGCCACCAAAAUGGAAGCGCAUCGAUCUCUUAGAUUUGAACUUAGGAUUCUUCUUCAAGAGCUUCUAACAACAAGCCACGAGUAUUAUAACGCAUAUAACUUACAAAAGACUUUGUUGGUUACAACAAAGUUGCAGAAGAUAAAAUGUUUUUUGUCCGAAGUGGGAAAUGUGUUACAGUCUGAGAUCUUUAUCCAGAUGGCGAAAUGUUUUUUGCCCGUAGCAUGCGAGGCAAAAUGUUCUUUGCCCGAAGUGGGAAGUGUGUUACAGUCUGGGGUCUUUAUCCAGAAGGCGAAAUGUUUUUUGCCCGUAGCACGCGCGAACUGUAAUAAUAAUCCAGUGAAUAUUGAGUUGUGGAAAGAACACUCCAUAAAAUUGGAAAGGCUGGCUGUUGAAAAUCGAGUGAACAAAUGUGAGAUCCUAACUGUUGGAGUACGUGCAAUGACUACUGCAGUGGCGACCGAGUUUCCCAAAGAAGUAGUUAAAAAUGAUUUAAUGCCUCAAAAGCGGAUCACUAUAAAUCAUACAGAUCGUUCUUUUGAACGAGAAAUAAUUGCCGAUACCGCCAACAAUCCGUUUUUGGUAUCUGAACAUGAAAGGGACGAAUUUGCUGAUCAGGAGGCCGAGUCUGAAUCACAAUUCAUCUCUGUAUUCGAGGACGAUGAUGAUUCCGAGGAUGAGAGCGAUGAUGACUCGGAUUACACGCCAAGCGAUGAUUUACUAGAUUAUAUCGUUUAUGAAGAUGACAAAGACGAGGACACUUCCCCAAAAGUUGACAAGGUGGCUUUUCGCGAGGCUCAUAAUGCUAUCCCAGAUACUACGAAGUUACGGUUGAGCACGGGAAAAAUAGUGGAAGACGUUCUCUUUGAAUUCGCCAAAGACAUGGACUGUGAACACCAUUCCCAUUCCUACAUUGUGGACUUUGACGACGAGAAUGUCAAAGCGUUAUUCACCGAUGUAGAGUGGAAGGAAUUAACCAAAGAUCGAAUUGGGGUUUCACCUGUUCCAUGCGAUAUUAUAAAAGAACUGAUGAAGUACGGAAAUAAAACGUUAGAAGAGAUACGUACGAUCGUGAUGACAACAUAUCUUAAAGAUGGAGAAAAAUACAAUGUCCAUAAACAUUAUGAUCAGGAAUGGAUCCAAAUGGCCAUGCGAACACUUUGUAAUCUGUACGAGAAUAUAGAUGCUCCGUUAAUAAGGAACCAAUAUGAAGAUUGGUUCACAAUCGCACUUUUCGGAACAUGCAUCGAUUUCUGUAUUAGGGACAUUCGACUGGGCACUGACAUUAAGAG